CAGUGAAUAGGAAUAUGUCCACUCAAACAACAAGAAUGCCAGAUUCAAUGGAGUUUAACAACAUGAUACCUAUACUAGUUGCUUUAAUCCUGGUAGUUUUUACUUAUGUUCUUUUGAAGCAGCUAUUUGGUAGAGCCAAAGGGAAUACUCUGAUAAUGGUUGGGAUUGAAGGAUCAGGAAAAACAGCGCUAUAUGCCCAACUGGUGGCCGGCAAAGAAGUUCAAACACAGUCCUCCAUUACUGAGAACUCAACACAGUUAACAGACCCUCUAUUGAAAAUCGUUGAUGUUCCCGGAAAUGCUAGGCUCAGAGGGGACAUCUUUUCCAAAUACUCCAAUAGUGUGAGAGGGGUUGUGGUUGUGGUUGACAGUGCUGAUUUUGUGGAUCACGUUAGAGAGUGUUCUGAGGUCCUCUAUGAGGUGUUGCUGAACUCUGACGUACAGAGGUCCAAGUGUCCGGUACUGGUCUUUUGUAACAAACAGGACGAGGAAAUGUCACGUGGUCCUGAUCCCAUCAGAUCUGCCAUGGAAAGAGAGCUGACAACAUUAAACAAUACUGCUGUCAAUGCGUUAUCUGAUGAUUCUGGCUCCCAAAAGAUGUUGGGACCAGCAAAUGAGACCAUCAAGCUAGAAAAGUUAGGUAACAAAGUCACCUCUGUUGGUGGUGUGUGUAUCGGAGCAGACACUGACAUUUCUAAACUCAAUACUUGGAUUGCCGCACUAUAGUCUGAUAUUCGACUUUUAGAAUGAUCUCAUAAGAUGAGAUGGUAAGAGGAUGAUAUAUGUUUUACACCUUGACGUCGUUUUUAAUAAUUUGAAACCGGGGGUUUAAAUUAGAAGUUACAUAUUCCAUACCUUUGCAAACUCACCAAAUCUCAAAAUUCCUAGGAAAUGAUUUCUGUUAGUACUUGAUGAACAGGAAGAAGUUAAACGAUAAAAAGUAUUUACGAUCAGUUAUGCUGUGUAUAUUGUUUAAGUUCACUAUGUAGCAGGUAGUUAGGUUAUCAUAAAUUAUUUACUUAUUUGUUUUUAGGCCGGAAUAUCUUGCUAUUGUAUUUUUAAUGACGGCGACCGGUUUUGGUUGAAUAUUAGUUAUUGAGUGAUUUAAAAAAUUGUAAUCAUGGCGCAUGGGUUGAAUAAGGGAGUAGAGUUUAGAAUUCAAUGUAUUGGUAUCAAAUUUGAUAUUUGAUUGUAUUAUGUAUAAAAAUAUUCAUAAGAUAAUAAAAUUUACAUUUCAUUCAACA